UGGCGAUCGAAAGCAUCAUUUGGGAACAUUGAUUUGAACGUUCUACGAAGAGUGUAAUUGGUACAUCAUCGACUAUGUUACGUUUCGUAUUGCUCUUUUUAUUGGCGAGUCUUACUCUGGUCGCUGCUGGGCUAACCGAGCGACAGACGGCUGACGAGCUUGAUAUUAGUAUGCUCGAGACGGAGCUGGCAUUAGCACAAGGCACUUACACUUCACUAUAUGGCUCGUGUUAUAAUAUGUGUGGUGGCCAAAGUAAUGGGAAUUGUUAUUGCUGUCCAAGAUGCGUAAAAUACUACGUAUGUUGCGAUGAUUAUUGGACGUAUUGCCCCCCAACAACUGAGCCACCAACAACUGAGCCUCCGACAACUAAGCCACCAACAACUGAGCCUCCGACAACUAAGCCACCAACAACUGAGCCUCCGACAACUAAGCCACCAACAACUGAGCCCCCGACAACUGAGCCUCCGACAACUAAGCCACCAGUUGUAUCAGGCGAUCCACACAUGAGAACAUUCGAUGGUCGUCCAUACACGUUUAUGGGCUUGUGUUGGUAUACUCUGUUUAAAGACUGCACCCCAAAACAUGCGUUUGAAGUCACUGCUAAAUUUGGGCCGAGAGCUGAUAGCACUCCUGAAAACAUAAGAACCAGAACGGUUGCCAUUAACAUCACUGUUGGAGGGGAAUCUGCAUAUAUUGAUGGUCUAGACGUUAUAACGAAUAUUGCAGGAAGUGCGACUGCAAAAAGGGAAAUACAGAUCCAACAGGAUGGGAAUAUGUUUCUAGCGAGCUUCACAUCGAAGCAAACAACGUUCACUAUAAAAUGGACCCUUAAGAAACACGUCGUAGAUACCUCUAUUAUCGGUACUGAUUACGAGGGUAAACUAUGCGGUAUGUUGGGUAAUGCUGAUGGAAAUGUCCACAAUGACUUUAGAAAACCUGAUGGCACCCCCGCACAUACCGUUGACGAGUUUGGCUAUAGCUGGAAAGUUGAAGGAAAAGAAUGUGACUUCAUGUAGAGAAGUGGUCAGCCGAUGGAAACAACGAUUAUUCAAGCAUGUAAACAUAACCAUACGCUGGAUUUACUUUAGCCACUAAGCCACUUAAACUUUGUAUAUGUAGCCUGCAGCACGUGUGACGUAUACGCCACGUACGCUUUGGUUUGGAACUUGAAAUCAAUAAAUGACAUCUUAAAAUGCA